AUGUCGACCGAGGGCAGACGCUGGUUCAACCUGAUCACGAUUCUGCUCUCGUCGCUCAUAGCCCUGACCUUUGGCUCUCUAAUGGGGCUGCUGGGAUCCAUGGUCCGCUGGCAUCUCCUGGCAGCACGACCGGGCCAUUCACUCGCAGAUGUUGACCGCAUACUCGGAAUGCCGCAGCCCACCGGGGCUUUACGUCUCAUCUGGUCCCACACAAUAAGGUCCCGUCGGUGGACAAGCACGACGCACACUGCCCUGCUGUACCUCUUUUGGACUAUAGUGGGAACCUUGAGCAUUGCUGCCCUCGGGCUGACGUUCGACCUAGACGAAGACGCUGGUGUUGAGUUCCCCGUGCUCAUUACCGACUGGAGUUCCGCGAACUUCACUAGCACCCAGGCGGACCAGUUUGUUGGGACAUAUGAUGAUUAUCCUUCUAUAGUGUUUCUAGAUGCCUGGGCCAUGCAGAAAUACGCGGCCCUGGGCCUUCUAUCUCUGAACGUCUCAACCCGUCCCCCGGAAGAGUGGUGGCAAGACGAUGUGGCUUCUGUAGCGACAAAUAUUUCGGGCCAAGGCUUGGACAGCUCCAUCGAGGGCAAUACCGUGACAUACACCUACCAUCUGAAGGAGUAUCAAGGCGCUGAGCGUUAUGCCUCGACAGACAAGGUGGUCCAGAGCUCGUCCAGCUGUCUGGGAAGAGUUGUUAUCAACGGAGGCAUCUAUGAACAAGGAGAACGAAUCACUAUGCCAGAGCGAGUCGGCGAGACAAGUCCAGACUUUCUCCGAGUACUCUACUACUUCCUUGACUAUGACGACCGCGCCGAGAGUUUCGAGGAGAUUUGGCAAUCCGUAUUGUGGGCAACCAUAAUUCACUGGGAUCAAGGGUGGCAAUGGAACACCUCGACUUGUCUUACAACCUACAUCUAUCAUCGCAUCUUCCUAACGUCAAACCUGAGGCUCGAUCAAGAGCGCAACGCCACCUUCUUCGAGUGCCACACCUGUCUCAGCGGCGUCAACUCAGACGUACUCCGCAACCUGCCAGCAGAGAACUCAUCCUACGUCAACCAGUUGCUGCUACAGCUCGGCGUCAUGAGCGAGUUCUACACCGGCCUCGACGGCCUCAGCGAGACCACCGCCCUGCACUACCACCCGUACUCCAUCUUCGGCCACCUCAACUUUCUCGAGGGUGUCGCCAGCAUAGCCGAGGCCGAUCGCGGCUACGUUUCCGGACUCACCCCGGAAAUGACCCCUGAAUCGGAGCACCUCGUGGCGCACCACACCGCGCGGCUCCCCAUGCUUGUCCUUCUCGGCGCCGAGAUGAAACUCCCCAAAGUUGCCAAGGAAGAGGGCGCCACGCCCCGGCCCUACGUCACCAUUGCGCUGCAGAUCCGGUGGGACAGGGCGCUGGGCGUGCUGUGGGCCAUCUUUUCGGGCGAGAUCUUGACCGUUAUUGUGGUUGUUGCCGUCUGUAGACGGACGCCUAUCCCGAACCGCAACCAGCUCACGUCGGCAUGGCUGCUCAAGAGUGUUUCAAUGCAUUUGACGUCUGAAGGCUCAAGCCCUGGGGAGACAGCGGUCAGGCUAAGGUAUGGGGCGAGAUUGGGCAGUGAUGGGAUCUAUGAGCUGGGCUUGUGGAGGGUUGACGAAGAAGGGAACGGGGUUGAGGAUGGUUUCCCUCAGGGUCAGUAUCGCUAUACCAAGGAAUGGGCGGCUCAUGUCGAUGCGGGCCUGAGGUGGCGCUGGCUGAGGAGAUGGCUACAUUGA